AUGACGACGGUGGAAAAAAUCAAAGCCAUCGAGGAUGAGAUGGCCCGUACACAAAAGAAUAAGGCCACCUCUUUUCACUUGGGUCAGCUAAAGGCAAAACUCGCGAAGUUGCGUCGUGAACUUCUCACAGAUGGAUCCUCUGGUGGAGGUGGAGGAGGAAUGGGAUUCGAUGUGGCGAGAACAGGAGUAGCAACUAUUGGUUUUGUAGGGUUCCCAUCGGUGGGUAAAUCUACGUUGCUAUCAAAGUUGACUGGCACACAUUCUGAAGCUGCUGCAUACGAAUUUACGACCUUGACCACUGUCCCUGGUAUCAUUAAGUACAAGGGUGCAAAGCUUCAGAUGUUGGAUUUGCCUGGUAUUAUCGAGGGAGCCAAGGAUGGUAAAGGUAGAGGUAAACAAGUCAUUGCCGUGGCUCGGUCAGUUAACUUGUUAUUCUUAGUGUUGGAUGUGAACAAACCCUUGCAGCAUAAGAGAAUCAUCGAGCACGAGCUAGAGGGAGUGGGAAUCAGAAUAAACAAGGAAAAGCCAAAUAUCGUCAUAACAAAGAAGGAGAGGGGGGGUAUAAAUAUCACAAACACAGUCCCUCUUACACAUUUGGACAACGAUGAAAUCAGAGCGGUGAUGUCUGAAUACAAAAUCAACUCUGCCAAUAUCGCAUUUCGGUGCGAUGCCACCGUCGAUGAUUUAAUCGACGCAAUCGAGGAGAAAUCAAGAAGAUACAUUCCAGCCAUUUACGUGCUCAAUAAAAUUGACUCGUUUUCAAUUCAGGAAUUGGACUUACUUUAUAAGAUACCAAAUGCUAUUCCAAUUUCGUCUGGAAACGGUUGGAAUCUUGACGACUUGCUUGAACUCAUGUGGUCGAAAUUGCAGUUGGUGAGAGUAUACACAAAGCCGAAAGGAAAGCUUCCAGACUUUUCGGAGCCCGUUGUGCUUCGAAGUGAUAGGUGUACAGUGGAGGACUUCUGUAACUCCAUUCACAAAUCGUUAGUUUCUGAUUUCCGAAACGCAUUGGUUUACGGUACAUCCGUGAAGCACCAGCCUCAAAUUGUUGGUUUAAGUCAUCAGUUGGAAGACGAAGAUGUCAUUACAAUUCUCAAGAAAUAG